AUGCUCAGUGUCAACAGUGCUGGAUCCAGCGACAUGAAGUCGUCGAUGAUGUGUACGGCCCCCUCGGCCCCGCAAUCGCGCGAGGCCACCGUGCCCACCUUCGGGUGCUUGGAGGACGAGACCAACAACGACUUGAAGUUGGACAACAAGUUUGGCCAGCUCAUCGACAGCCUCCGGGCCGUGUUGGGCACUAAAGGCUUGGCGUGCGCCGACGUGGACGUGGGCGAAAUCAGGCGCUUGAUGGAGCGGUACCAGUCGGACGAGACCGAAUGGGGCAAGUUCGCGCUCAGCGACGCCUCCAAAGGCUACACGCGCAACGGGGUGGUGAACAUCAACGGAAACGCCAACUUGCUUGUGCUUGUGUGGAGCCCCGGCAAGGGCAGCGCCAUCCACGACCACGCCAACGCCCACUGCUGCAUGAAGGUGUUGAAGGGCCUGCUCACGGAGUCUCUCUACGACGUUCCCGAAACGGCCGGCCACGCAAUGGUGCCCCGGCAAAUCACGGAGUUGCGCCGCGACGAGGUGGGAUACAUGUCCGACGACAUUGGGCUCCACAAGAUCUCCAACACGUCCGCGGAGGACUUUGCCGUGUCCUUGCAUUUGUACACGCCUCCGUACGCGUCGCUCUAUGGCUGCUCCAUGUACGAGUCCGGCACUCUGCGGAAGCAUCACGUGAACAUGAGCAAGUACUACAGCUGGCAGGGGACCGUGUUGAACCAGAACGGGGGUUCGUCCUGCUGA